CUGCAAUCAUGUCUGAAGAGGAUGAUGAGCGUGUGCAAUUCUUAAUAUCAGAAAAUAGAGUAUUUCAUUUUCUUGGAGUCACAGUCUGCAUCUCUUCAUGUGACUUCUAUCAACAGUUGUUGGGAAGUGCCUGCCAAGAGUAAGUCUCAGAGGUCCUGUACAGUUCUAGGGAGUGGUAUACCAGAAGGACCUGGUCUGCAUAGAAGUAGAGGCUCAACAAGAUCUCUGACCAGGCCCAUUCUGAAGGUCUUCUGGGAUAAUGCCACUGGUUGGUCUGUUGUUUGUACAAAAUGUUUUGGGCAUUUACUGUUACAUAGCAGAUCAAGCAUACAUAACAUCUUUAAAAGACCAAGAAGUCCAGUAUGACCCUGGAGAAAUAUAUUUGUAUGAUAUAAUUGUUGGUGAUGGAAGAUACAAGAUAAAAUGUUUUCUUCCUAGCCAUUAUGGGCAUUUAUUUCAAAAGUACAAGAUCAGUGUUGGGACUCAAAUUCUGGUGAAGAAGGUGAAAAUAAUGCCAUCUGAAAGAGAAAUGAAGAGAACCAGUUAUGUAAUAUUGAAAGAAUUUGACAUAUGUGGAUACUCAGAUAUUUGCUUACCAUAUUUGCCUUUCUUAAAAUCACCUACGAUGUCUAAACGUGAGACUGGACCUUAUCCGUUGGAAACUGGAAGGCUAUAUUAUCUUAAUCCAUGGAUCCAGAGUAUUCCAUAUGGACCUGCAUGGGAUAAAAAGGAUCCUCAUCUUCAAGAUAUUGACAGAAAAAUACCCAUUCAACCAGUUAUAAGUUUGGAUGAAGUUUCAAAUCAAUGGAAAACCUGGCCUAAACCAUUUCCUCCUAUAAUUGUAGUAGUACUGCUCCAGGCAAGACUCCAUCACUAUGGCAGAGUUACUAAUGAUAAACCAUUUCCUUUUCAGGGAUAUUUAGAGGUUGGAGACAACACAGGCACUUGUAGUGUAGUACUUUGGGAUAAGGUUAACAUGGGAAAAUUUCAUUUCUUACAACCAGGCAGCAUUUUGUUACUUUUUAACUACCAUGUAUCUUACAAACAACCUCGUGAAGUCAAUCCAUGUUUUCGAGGAGAUGUUAAUCAACUGUCCAGGCUUCCUGUUGAAAUCAAAUUAAAUGAUUGGUCCAAAAUACACCUAUUGAAUUUAGAAAAUGCAAAAGAAUUAUUUUCACUUGGGGUAUCUUUACCAAAUAUACAAUUUGAGUUUGUUACACGGAAUAAGAUUAGCACUCACCCUCCUGGUACCACUGUUGAUGUUGUGGGACUUUUAACUUAUGUUGGACACUAUGUGAGAGAAAGGUGUUCAGCCCCUGAUGGAAAAUACACUGGUGGUUUUUGGGUUUAUAAGAUGAUAGAGAUGAUUGACUCUUCAUCUAAGCUACCAUUUCGUAUUCAGCUUUAUGUUCACAACCAGGUAAGACCUUAUGAUGAAUUGUUACCUGGUAAACUUCUAAUUUGUACCCAAAUGAGAAUUGUUCGUAGAGAGGCUACACCAGUGACAAGGGCUCAGAAUUUAAGGGAUGUCAAUUCAUUGUCAAUGACUCUAGAACAUGAUUUAUACUUGACUUCAAGUGGUGAAAGUAUGAUAUAUUUCUUGGAAGAACUGGAAGAACAACAAAAAAAUGUGCCAGAUAUUCAGGCUGUAUUGAGAUUCAUGAAUGAAACACCAAAAAAACUGUGGAAUUCACUCCAGAUUGGAGGAAUAUAUUUAUUUCCUGAACUUUCUACUUCUCUAAGAGAAUUUCAAGCAAAUUUUUCAGUUCAGCGACCAAUGGAGUCUUAUUUUAUCACUGGAGAUACUUGGUCUAAGAAAAUUGCUUCCCUAGACUACAAAGAACACCAGUUGUUAUUGGUACAUGGGACCCUUGUGCAUCUAGAAUUUGUGGAUUUAAACACUAAGAAGACAGUCGUAGGUGAUUGGAGCUUGCUUUCUAGUGUAAAUGUGUCUGGACAUGCAUAUGAAACUGUUUACCUAAACCCAAGGUUACAUGAAAUCUGUAGGAAUGUUGAAAUUUUGGGCUGUACUUUCCCAACUCAUGCUUGGUUUCCUCACCAAUUUUCUACUAAAAACAGAAAUGUCUUGAAAAACUGGUUAAAAUUUCCUGCAUUCUCUGCAGAUGAUUUUUUCUUAGUUCCUACCGAUGAAGAUUUACGAGAUAUUCCUGUGUUAUGCAGUGGUUACUAUGUCUUAGAGAUAGCUAGCAGUUCAGCAUUGUGCAACCUUAGAUGUCUUAUGUUUCCUAAAGCAGCAAAAAGCCCUUAUCCCACACUUCAGAACCUUCUUAGUGGAAAUUACGACUUUUGUGAACCAGAAGAUAAGAAUAAUUUUCAGCUUUAUUCUCCAAGAUAUAGCUUGGAGGAGGUUGAAGUUGUAAAGGCUUCAGCAGUGGAACUGCAUGAGAAAGAAAUGUUAUGGGUGCUAGAUGUCUAUUCUACUAGUUCGAUUGGAAAGGAGAUCAUUGUUCGACGAGCAUUCCCUGUUGCAAUGAAUUCUUCAUCUAUCUGAAUAUAUUGUUAAUUACCAUCUGAAGAAUGGAAGAAUAUAUAUUUUAUAUAUAUAUAAAAUACUGUCUAUAAUAAUAAAAAAGAAGACAGUUGUACCAUUUGAAAGCUAAACUGAAUGCUUUAAUAAAUGAGCUGUUUUGUAGAUUA